AAGUUAUUCGAGGUUGUGUUCCGAUUCUUCACUCGAUGAGUGAUAGUUGGAUAAGCGAGUGAUGGGCGGAGUCUAACGAAAGGUGUCUGAGACGGAAUAGAAUAUAUUAAAAGAUGAACACCACGGAGAUGGACAACGAUCCUGUCGUCAAAGAGAUACCUGUGUUCCUGUCCAAGACUCUGGCGGAUAAGCUGUAUAUUGUUCAAUAUCCUUCACAUAUGACUGAUGGCUAUGCUAAUGCUACCAUCUUGAAAACCUCUAUCAAGCCUAAAAAUAAGAAGAUACACAUGGAGUUUGCAAUAGACACGCAGAAUGAAAACUCUUAUGAUCUUAGUAUAGGGAAAAAAUUGGCUCUCAUUGUAGAUAGCAAAUCUAAGAAGGAUGAUGAAAAAGUAUUUAAUAGCGGUGUAAUGGAUAAGAUUGUAUUGACUUCAGAACAGACAAUGUCAGAUUGCUCGAAUUUAGCAAUCGGAGUCUUUCAGGACGAUGAGUUACAUAUCACACCAUUGAAUGGGAUGCUACAUAUGAAACUACAGUGUGAUAACCUGGACGAGAGUGACAAGCGUGGCAAGAAUGCAGCAAAAGGCACAGAAGAAGAUGGUGAUGAGGAUGAGGAUAAUGCUACACCAGUACAAGUAACAUUUGCCAAAAAUCUGUCAGAUAAUUUGAAAAGGAUGCAGGAACAAUCUUUUCAGCAUCAUUCCAAGAAAAGUCAGGAGGAGCCUUGGAUACAUACAAAUUAUAUACCAUUUUAUGAUACACAAACUGAAUUAACACGGAUGGAAAUGUUCUGUUCAUUAGCAGACGAGUCUGUAGACCUGAAUUUAGUAUCAAGGAAUGAUCUAUCUCUAUUGGUAUCCAAAGAAUGUAAGCGAGAAGCGGAGAAUCAAACAGAUUUUCACAAUAUCGCAACUUUACCUCUGCUGGACCAACUCAGGAUAAUCAUAAAAAAUGUAAAAGUUAUAGACUUCGCAUCAUUACGCGAGUUUUUAUCGCCGGUACAUGAUACGACAACAGUGCUGAAAUAUUUGCAGCAAGUGGCUGUGCUGGUGCAGGGUAAUUGGGUGGUAAAGAGCGAAUUAAUCUAUCCCCAGGACAGUCUCUCUGUGCAGAAUAGUAUCUCCGAACUUAUGUGCAAAGCUCGCGAUUACAUCUUAUUAUUAUUUACGGAACAACAGUAUCUCAAAUGCAACGCAGUUUUAUCCUUCAUUAAUUUAACAUCAGAUGAAAUCAAUCAAAUCUUCGAAGAACUCGGCACACAUGAACCGAAGAAGGGUUGGCGAUUGAAAGAGCCACCUAAUUGGAGCUUCUGCGACAGAUAUCGUGAAAUUACCGAUCGGUAUAAGAUGUUCUGGGAUGCGAAGCGAAAGCAAUUGCGCGAAACGAUGGAGGCAUAUAACCAACCGCCACAGCGUCAACGCCGCAAGUCAAACCGGGAAUCGUUGGGUUCGGAAAACGAAGAAAGGAAUGUCGGUCGCGGCCGCAAGUCCCUCAGAGAUUCAUCCCUGUCGGAUAACGAUGGCGAGCCUGUUAAACACAAAAAGAGUGGUCGUUCUAGGAAAGUAUCGGAGACCACUACGUGACCAAAACCGAUGCGUUGAGGCAGAGAAUCUCUUGUUGUGGCAUUCACGAAUCGCGAAACAUUUCCGCAACCACGCCGGAAAGACGAUUUCUCCUAAAGCAAAGCUUACGGCCCAAGCGAUAACGAUAUUAUGUGCGAUUAGUCCAUCGUAUGUAUAUACAAUCGUACAUAUGUAUAUAUAAAUAUAAUAUAUUAAGCUAUUUAUUAGUGCGACGUAUGUAACACGCAAUACAUAUAAACAUAUGGUAUAUCAUAUUAUUAUAAUAUAAAGCAUGCCUAAAGAUGAAGCAU